UCACACUGCCAAAACGAAAAACAAAGUAAUAGAUUUUUUGUAGUAACAUUUGCACUUAAUCAAAGCAAUAAACAUCAAUAAAAAUCUAACUACAGCCGCAAAAAAUUGUGUGCACCGAAUCAGGCAUUGUCGGAGUAAGCGCAAGAUAAGCAAAAAUGGCAACGCUACCGCCGCGUAAGAACCAAACGCCAACGCGAAUCUGCAGCAGCAUGAAACCGCACCUGACCCCGCUCCAAACAUUACUCCAAAUGGGCUUCCAAAAGCACAGAGCAGAAAAAGCUUUGGCUUCGACGGGUAAUCGGGGCGUGCAAAUUGCAUCGGACUGGCUGUUGGCGCACGUCAACGAUGCCACCUUGGACGAAUGCGCACCACGAGAGUACAUCAUCUACGCGUGUCCCACGGGACCAUUUCUGCAGCAGCUCGAAGAAUUCUGGGCGAAGUCGCGUCAAAUGUGCGGCUGGAAUGGCGCCCACAAUUAUGUGCCGCAUAUAACGCUGGUGUCGUUCUUCAAGGCGCCCGAUGAAUGCUCGCUGCAGCUGUCGAAGGCUCUGAAGCAAGUGGUGGACAUGACGGGCGCUUUGUUGGAUCGCCCCAUCAAGCUGGAGCCGUAUAUGAGCCAGAACUUUAUGGGCUUCUUUGUGGCCGAAGAUGAUGCGAACUAUUUGAAGCGACUGGCUUUGCAAUAUGUCAAGGAGGUGUCCAAUUCAAUUAUAAGCGACACUUAUGAGCAGCUGGAUGCUAUUGUCGCCUGCUUCCCUUGGUGCGGCGCCGUCUCCUCGGGCACUCGCUGCAUUCCACGCAGCAGUCGAUCGAUCUCACUCGAGCCACACGUUAAGAGUCUGCACCUGACGCUCGCCUAUCAGUUCCCGCAGGCACAAUUCAAUGCACUGAAAUCACUUGUGGAAACUCUCGACGCCAGCUGCGCAUCCAAUUGGGAGCUGCGUCUCUAUUCCCGCGAUCCACGACUCGCCACCAAACAAGUGCAAAAAGUGGUCUAUCCACACAAUCCACACGAGACGGAUGAGCUGGAGUUGCGCAUUGGCGACUACAUUUACUUGAACAGCGAGGGCGUCGAUAGCUCCAGCGACGGUUGGGCCGAGGGCAUCUCCUGGCUCACAGGCAGCACCGGACACUUGCCUGUCAACUACACCGAACGCACUGCGGAAUCGGAUGCUUGGACACUGCAUCGUGUAGUGCAACUGUCGAAGAGCGUGGCAUCAUCGCUCAACUCUGCCGAGGAUCUGGACAUUGUGGACGGACGUAGCAUCUCCACAGAGCCCGAGGAGCGUCAGCGUGAACUGCAGCAAAGCACUCAGCAUCCCGAGAUCAUUGAAGGCUCGUCAUUCGAGGAGUCGGAGCAGAGCGUCGAGAAGUACUUGCGACAGACACUGCAGCCCUGCUUGGAGUUGCCAUCACUGCAGCUGCAGCUCAACAGCCACAACUUGUCGCAUCAACACAAUCCGCACACGCCAACCAUUGAGAUCACCACCAACAUGUCUUCGUUGUCCACAUCGCACUCGGCGGCGUCCAAGAACGUCGAUGAGAUUAUGGUGGAGCCACCGGUCAUGCAGCCACCCAGGCCCGACGAUACGCUGAGCGUGCACUCGGCAGAACAGGAGCACGUCUCGCAGCCAACGAGCUCCACGCCGAAUCGCAAGGUGUACAUUAUGCGGCAUGGCGAACGCGUUGACUUCACCUUUGGCACUUGGAUCCCGUACUGUUUCGAUGAGUUUGGCAACUACAUGCGCAAGGAUCUGAACAUGCCCAAGGUGUUGCCACAACGCAAGCACAGUCCCGAGGGCUGGCAGAACGAUUCGCCGCUCACCAAUGUAGGACUCUAUCAAGCACGGCUCACGGGCGAAGCGUUGCACGAGGCGCAGGUGCAGAUUGAUCAUGUCUACUGUUCGCCUUCGUAUCGUUGUGUGCAGACUUGCACCAGCGCCUUGGAGGGUCUUCAACUCAAUGGCAAGCACAAGAUUAAGCUGGAACCCGGACUCUUUGAGUGGAUGGCCUGGUAUCCCAAUGGUGUGCCCGAUUUCUUGACCAGCAGCGAGUUGACCGAGGCCAAGUACGACAUUGAUUUGAGCUACACGCCUGUGCAGCAGACAAGCGAGUUGACAGCACAGCUCAAGGAGUCCACAGAACAGUUUUACACGCGCAAUCACGAAGUGCUGCUGCAGCUGCUGGAACGCACCACUGGCAAUCUGCUGAUUGUGGCACAUGCCACCACGCUGGACACGUGCUCGCGUCAGUUGACGGGGGGCGUGGCUCGGAACACCAACGAACUGCGUCAGGUGAUACACAAGAUACCCUACUGCAGUCUAGUCACUGUGGAGCAGCAGCUCGAUGGUGUCUGGAAGCUGGUGGAGCCCGAGUGCUUGCCGGUGACCCAUUCGAAAAAUCCGCGCUUCGAGUGGAAUGCGUUAUCGACCACCUAGUGCCCGUGCUUGGAGCAGUUUCUCUGCACGCAUUGAGACUGAGCGCUUCACUUGACACUUGACUUUGACCAAAACACACGGACAGAGAGGAAGAGAGAGAGAGAGAGAAUCACACACAUCGGCAACAUAUUCCCUUCAAUACGUAAAUUGUUAAGUUUAUGCUAAAGAAUGCUUAGCUUGUUUAAGUUAUUAAUUUUGUAGUAGUUGGUUGAGUUUCCCCCUUUUUUGCGCUUUAAACACACAUAAUAAGUGGAUCACAGCUUAUUUCAACCAUUACCAACGAACAACUUUAAAUCUUUUUAAUCACUGCAAUUCUCAGCGAAAUACGACAACGUUACCCAACACUAAUGAAACACAAAAACAUUCACAUUCUUCUCGUUAUCCAACACUAAUGAAACACAAAAACAUUCACAUUCUUCUCAAACAAAUUUGAACCUCUAAUUGAACAUUUAAAUUUGCUGUUGCGAUUUUCACCUUGUAAAACAGGUCAAACUAAGGUAUUGAAUUUAUUUAAACAUUGUUGGUGAUCGAAAUAAGCUCUGAUCCACUGUAAAUAUGAUGGUUAAAUAUUUAGGCAUAAUAUGAUGAAUUAACUGCUGAAGUUUUCAUACGUUUUAUAUAUGAAAGAAAUGAUUAACGCAAUUAACGCAAUACAAUAAAUACCAUGUAUACAAUAUAUAUAUUAAAUAACAAAAACAAAAAGUAUAGUUAGCAAUUAAUGUUAAGCGACUUGUUAUGCUUUAGCUUGGCCCGUUGGCAUCCCACAUUAAUUUAGUAAUGAAUUCCAUUGAUUGCGCCUACUUUUCAUUGGCCUUAGCGUAGUUCUAGCGCAUUUUUCCACAAGCUCGACAAAAACAAAAACAAAAUACAUAUUAUAUAUAUCUUAUAAACCCAGAGGCAUAUUCGUACUGUAGUUUCUAUAUCAGACUUUAUAUAGAGUGGCAAUUAUAUUGGCCCGAUCGUAGUUAAUAAGCGACAAACAUUGUAACGCACAACACACACACA